AUGGUGCUCAUUGGAAAUAUCUAUGUGAUUGCUUCCGUUGCCGUCGUCGGCGGUGGUUUGUUCGGCUUCGAUAUUGCGUCGAUGUCGGCGCAGCUUACGGAGAACUCCUACCUUUGCUAUUUCAACGAGGGUCCUAAUGGCCCGCCCUUCGACGACAAUCCCGACUGUAGCGGUCUUCCUUCUCUGAAACAGGGUGGUGUAACAGCCUCCAUGGCUGCUGGCUCCUGGCUGGGCGCCCUGAUCUCUGGUUUUAUCUCAGAUCGUCUCGGUCGAAAGUACUCCAUCAUGCUGGGCUGCGUUAUCUGGAUGGUGGGUUCCAUCUUGAUUUGCGCCGCUCAGAAUAUCGCUAUGCUCAUCGUUGGUCGUAUCAUCAAUGGUAUAGCGGUUGGUAUCGAAUCCGCUCAGGUCCCGGUUUAUAUCUCAGAACUCUCGCCGCCGUCCAAACGUGGUCGGUUUGUGGGUUUACAGCAGUGGGCCAUUACUUGGGGUAUCCUUAUUAUGUACUAUAUCUCGUACGGAUGCUCUUUCAUCGGAGGCCAGAAGUCCUACAAUUGGAAAGCUGCGGCCUGGCGAGUACCCUGGGGACUGCAGAUGAUUCCUGCCAUACUCCUGUUCUUUGCCAUGAUGUUCCUGCCCGAAUCUCCUCGUUGGCUGGCUCGAAUGGAUCGUUGGGAGGAGGCCCAUGAUGUGUUGGCCCUGGUGCAUGCUAAGGGCGAUCGCAACCACCCCUUCGUGGCCAUCGAAUUGCAGGAUAUUCGAGAAAUGUGUGAGCUGGAACGCUCGUUUAUUAGCGUUACCUAUAUGGACCUAUUCAAGCCAAGGAUGCUUAACCGUACUCUCAUCGGAUUGUUCACCCAGAUCUGGUCUCAGCUGACCGGUAUGAACGUUAUGAUGUACUACAUUGGCUACGUAUUUGCGAUGGCCGGUUACUCCGGUAACUCGAACCUGCUCGCCUCGUCGAUCCAAUACAUCAUCAACGUAGUGCUGACCGUUCCAGCUCUGGUUUGGAUGGAUCGCUGGGGGCGCCGACCUACGAUGCUGGUGGGCGCAUUUUUGAUGUGCGUCUUCAUGUUCGCCAAUGCCGGCAUUCUCGGAGCUCACGCUGAAAUCAUUCCUGAAGGCAAGCGUAAGACUGCCGAGGAGUCAAUGAAAGUGACCGGUUCGGCGGCCAAGGGUCUGAUCGCAUGCACUUAUCUAUUCGUCGCCUCAUACGCACCCACAUGGGGUCCUGUAUCGUGGACUUACCCACCCGAGCUCUUCCCCUUGCGUCUACGUAGUAAGGGUGUGUCUGUAGCCACCUCGGGCAACUGGGCGUUCAACAUGGCGCUAGGACUUUUCACCCCACCAGCAUUCACCAGUAUCACCUGGAAGACCUACAUUCUGUUCGGUGUUUUUAAUGCGUCCAUGUUCAUCCACGCCUUCUUCAUGUUUCCGGAAACCGCCGGAAAGACCCUGGAAGAGACUGAGGCCAUGUUCGAAGACCCCAACGGUCUCAAAUUCUUUGGCACUCCGGCCUGGGAGACUCGCGUACAGACUAUGCACACCGCUGCUCUGGAGCAUGGCGACCUAGAGAGUACCAAGCCACAGGCGGAGACUGCAGAAGCUCCCGACACCCUGCAGAUGGCUGUGACUCACUGGUAA